GAAUUUAGCCUUAUACUUAUAAAUCUAUAGAUAUAUGAAGCACCGACAAUCAUGGACAGAAAGACAAGCUAACAUUUUAAAAGAACUUUUCGUCACAAAGCAAAAAAACUUUCCUUUUGUUCUUAAAAAAAUAAAAUUCGACUAAAAUUUUUGUACACAAUGGAAGCAGUGGAGAAAGUAUCUUCCGAAGUAGAUAAAGUUAUAACUAAGUUCACCGCCAUCUCCGAACACUCAUCAAAGCUUAUUAGCAAUGAGAUUUCAUCGUUAGAGCUGCUGAAGUCUUCCUUGCUUGACCAACCUGCUGACAGUUCUCUAACAUCUCAACAAGUUACACUUGUCAAAAAUUCUCUUUCACGCACAAAAGAGCGACUUCAACGCCUUGGAAUCGAUCACAGAGAUUUACAUGGCACCGUAAGUAAAGUUGGAAAAGCGAUCGAGAGAAACUUCACUGCAGAAUAUACGUCAAUUACGAGGCAGGAUUUAUUUCAAAAUAAAAGGAACAUCGAACUGCUUGACAAGAACAUUGUGCAGCAUUUCUACAGACAAGGAAUGGAUGAUGUUGCAGAAUCUCUUGUUAAAGAAGCUAAAUUGCCGAAAGAAGAGAUAAGUGAAGAACCUUAUGCAGAACUGCACAGAAUUUUUGAAGAUAUUCAUCAACGAAACUUGACUUUGGCUAUUCAAUGGGCAACAAAAUAUUCCAAUGAGCUUGAUGAGAAAAACAGUCCACUUCUGUUUAAACUUCAUCGACUACAAUUCUUGCAAAUCCUGAUGAAUGGACUUCCGAGUCAAAAUGAAGCGAUCAAUUAUGCUAGAAACAACAUAUCACAUUUUGUAUCAAAAUACCCAAAAGAUUUCCAAGCUUUGAUGGGUUGUUUGUUGUAUUUAAAGACUGGACUCGAAAAUUCACCUUACAAAUAUCUGGUGCGCGAUGAAAUGUGGAUUGAAGCUGCUGAUUUGUUUCUGAAAGAUGCUUGUGCACUUGCAGCUAUCGCUAAAGAGUCUCCAUUGUCGGUCAUUAUUAAUGCUGGAUGUGUAGCAUUGCCAGCUUUAUUGAAUUUGAAACAAGUUAUGAAUCGUCAAGUCCAAGGGAUUUGGUCAGGAAGAGAUGAACUUCCAAUUGAGAUUGAAGUUGAACGAUACCACUCAAUUUUCGCAUGUCCGAUACUUCGACAACAAUCAACUGAUGAGAAUCCGCCAAUGAGAUUACGUUGCGGUCAUGUUAUAAGUCGUGAUGCUCUCAACAAAUUGAGCAGUGCAUCAAUAAUGAAUAAUAAUCAUUACAGGAGCCUCAAAUGUCCUUACUGUCCAAUGGAGCAGAGUAUUAACGACGCAAAACAAAUAAACUUUUGAUGUGACUAGAUCCUCGAUUAAAUCGAUGGACUUUAACAAAUCACAAAAGAAAAAGAAAUUUUAUCUUUAAUAAUAUGAAUCAUCGAUUAUUUAAUUAAUGCAUAUUAUUGUUUCAUCUCUACAGAUUUAUUUAGAUAUUUCAUAAAACAGAAAUCACAAUCAAUCUAAAUAUUCUCCGUUUUAGAACAACAAUUGAAGAAAUACAAAAGCUUGUAAUAAAAUUAAAGAAAAAUGACUAUCUAAAUAUUCACAUAACUAUAAUAGAAAUACUCUUUCGAUGUUGAAUAAAUGAAUAUAGAUUUAGAUUAAGACAUUUAAUUGGAUGAUUUUCGAUUAAAAAAUGAUAACUAAUAAAAAUUAGAAUUAUGAUAAUUCUCGAUGUGAGUACACA